CAGUAAAUGAUUUCUAUUGAUUUUGUGCUUGAACCACAUAGAAUGACUCGACGUUUAAAAUGAUUCACAAAUUAAUAUAAUUUUAUACAUUUUUCUUACUUAAUGGACUGUAGCGAUUUAUUUAGCAGCGAGAAACUGAUAGGGUUCCUUGCAAGUAAUGCAAAAACGUCCAUAGUUAAAUCUUGUUACUCCGAAUCGAGUGGACUUCUAGCAUUGCUUCUUUCAGAUAACGUCAUUGUUUAUGCACUCUUACGUAACACUGUUGAUGGAUCGGAAUUUGAGGUGAAAUCGUUUGUAGUGCCUCUAAACUUAAGUGUUACCGAUUUUGAUCUGAGCAGUUCUGGGAAGUACUGUCUAUGUGCUUUGGGUUCCAUUAAUUCGCAGCUUAUUAUCUGCCCAGCUCAAGCAUUAUUCGCUGAGGUUCAAGUUAACGGACCUUGGGAUACUAAAAAUGCUACUUUCAUUGACUACAUUCCGGGAUACUACUCGGAAAUCGAGCUGCUUGAAACAGGAUUGCAAGGUAGUCCGACGGGGGGUUCCCAGUCGAGGAGUCCGACUGACUACUCAUCACUGGUGGGUACAGUGGCCAUUGGGUGGUACCACGUGACAGGUCGUGAUCUGGCGGUGGUUGUCCACGAGGAGCAUGCAGUGUCCAUUGUGGAUCUGAGGGAGAGGAUGACUAUUGCGAAGGGGUCCCUGAAGGGAAUGACGCUUGUGGAUGCGCUGUUUCUCAAGCAUGAUAACAAGGUAGUGGUGAAGAAUAAUGAGUCACAAUGGUAUGGCUUCUCUCUCGGAGACAAUUUCUCAUCCGCAAUCUCCAAGAUAGCCUGGACCAGACACUCGAGCAGUGACAACAGCGGCAGUGCAGGCGAGUGA